GCUGCUGUUUAGAGUCUGUUGAGGAUCAUGAGGACCCGGCUGAGCAUACGCAUUCUCGCCUUAGGCCUGUUGCUCUGGCAACUGCAGGCCAGCGCCGUGCUGGGCCAGAAGUAUUACAUGAAUUUCGCAUUCAACAACAACAAUCCGGAUGCCGAGGGCGGCGGAGGAUCCGGCGAACCAAAGGUAAAACCAAAUAGAGGAGGCUCCGAAGAAGGAGCUGCCAGCAGGGCUCAAAGCAAUGAGAACGCAGGCAGUGGGGUUCGCGCCGAAAGCGGCAGCGCCGACGACGGCAAGGAUCGCAGCAAUCCAGGGACAGACAAGAGCAACGACGAUGCCAGCGACAAAGGCGAAAACAGCGGUGGGGGCGGCGGCGGUGGUGACGGGAGUGCUGGCAGCGGCGGCGGCGGUGGUGACAGUCGGGAACGUCACGAAGGAAACAAGGACAAGAGUGCGCCUUUGGAUCAAAGGGUGCACGAUAACGACGACAGCGAUAGCCAUGACCCCAUUGAUCGGCGCCAGAAGGAGGAGCAAGCGCUUGCCAAGGCCGGCAACAAGGAGCACAGCCAUCACAGCAGCUACGAGAUCAGCAUUGACGAUAGCUUCGGCGGUCGCUAUGUGCGCUCCAUUUACGAGAGCUCCGAGAGCCAUGGCCAUGAGGGCGCCAGGGCCGAUUCCGGCCGUGACAACCAGGAGAACGAUAGCUCCGCAAGCAAAGCGGGCAACGUGCAAAAGGAAUUCGGCGACCAGGACUAUGAGGAGCCCAUCGAGAAUUAAAGCUUAGUUGUGCCAGAGACAUUUCAAUUUAUGAAUUUUGCGCAAUAAAAAUUAUACAAUAAAUAAAGGAAAUCUGUGGAA